GUAGGAUUUGUGUCCUGAUGUUGACAGCGGCAAGGUUCCGUGUACACGACGUGGGGACGGGGUUCUGAUGAGGGUGUGAUGACGUGAGCCUGAGUACGUGACAGAGGAACGCAGCAAUGCUAAACUCCACCCACCCAGGCCUGGCGGAACCUUUGAUAGGCAACGGCAGCUCGCUAGGCGGCGGGGAGGCGGUGCCUAAAGAUAGUUUCUCCAACGCCUUGGCCAAGAACAUCAUAGCCAUGAUGGUUUGGCUAACACUCAGCGUCAUCAACGGCAGCAUGGUGCACACCUUCCUGCGACACAGUGUGUUCUACGACAACCCGCGCUACAUUAUGUUCAUCUACAUGGUCAUCAAUGAUGCCCUGCAGCUUAGCUUGGUGACGGCGCUCUACGUGGUCAGUUACAUCUUCAGGAGGAUCCACGCCUCCGUCUGCUGCCUGCUGAUCAUGACCGCGGUCCUGACCACGCGCUCCACGCCGCUCAUCCUGGCGGGGAUGGCGGUGGAGCGCUACGUGUCCAUCUGCUUCCCGCUUCACUACAGCCAGAUGUUCACGGUCCCGCGCACGCUGUUCCUCAUCGGCGCCAUCCUCAUCCUGACCGCCAUGCCGCCCGUCAGCGACCUGCUCAUCACCGUGCUGAAGGAGCCGCCCAGCUUCUUCCACACCGCCAUCUUCUGCGACCACUCGCUGCUCUUCCGCCACCGCUCCAUCUACUACAAGAACUUUGUCUUUGACGGCGCCUACUUGUCGUUUGUCUUCCUCACCCUCCUCUUCACCUACUGCAAGAUCAUGAUGACGGCUCGUGCCGCCUCCACCGGCUUGGCGUCCGUUACCAGGGCCCGGAACACCGUGCUGCUCCACGGCCUGCAGCUGCUGCUGUGCAUGCUGGCCUUCGUGGUUCCGUCGCUGCAGGCGGCGCUCAUCUCGCUCUUCCCGCUUCUCAGCCUGGAGAUCCGCUACAUCUUCUUCCUGCUGGUCUACAUCAUCCCUCGCUUCCUCAGUCCCGUCGUCUACGGUUUCAGAGAUGAGCUCUUCAGGAAGUACUGGACCCGCUACCUGGCCUGUCAGAGCCUUGCUAACGUGCGCGUUGGUGCCGUCGCUUGA